AUCAGCUGAUUUGGGAUGGCUGAUGAAAUUAAGAAUGAAUCCCCGUCCGUCAGCAUUAAAGAGGAAGAAACCGCUGCAACUUGUAAUGAAGAGAAAGCAGUAGAAGAGGAAGAAGAGUUAUCACAUGAAGACAUCUUGGACCUAUUUCAGGAAGGUCUGGCCAUGAUAGUUCAGGACCCUUUGCUGUGUGAUCUGCCUAUACAGGUUACUUUGGAAGAGAUAAAUUCACAGGUGGCUUUGGAGUAUGGGCAGGCAAUGACAGUCAAAGUAAAAAAAGGAGAUAGUGAAAUUAUGCCUGUUGUUGUAAUUCAAAAUGCAUCUGUCCUGGAUUUGAAAAAAGCUAUUCAGAGAUACAUCCAACUGAAGCAACAACGUGAGGGAGGAACAGAAUUCAUUAGCUGUUAUGCAAUAAGGAAUCGAGAUGAAGUCACAUUCAUAAAGAAGCUCCGUAAAAAAUAAAAAGAUGUGGCCUGACCAGCUGAGUUCCUCCAGCACUUUGUUCUUUAUUUGCUCCAGAUUAUUCCUACGUGAGAUGAACAAAUAUGGUCAGCAGGCUAAUUAGCCACUGGCAAGACACCAUACCAAUCUGGGUCUUAGCACAACCUCAUAUUUUCUCAUGUUUUGUAAAUACAGGAGGCCAUUUAAGGCAACAGUAGCUUGCAGUAACAAAAAUCAACUUCUAGCUAUUAAAAAAACUUAUUUUUUUAAAUCCUAUGGAAAAAAUAACUUAUUAUUGCGAAUAUGAAUCUCUAUCCUCUAAUCCCCUGUUCCUAUUGACACAAUAGUUUUUCUAAUGUGAUUUUCUCUAACACGACGUUUUUGAGGAAAGCCCCUAUCACAAUAUAACAAAACUGCCUGCAUGCAGGAGAAGAAGCGAUAGCAAGGGCGUCACCAUGGCGCAGUGAUAGAGUCGCUGCCUUACAGUGCCGGAGCCCCGGGUUCGAUCCCGACCACGGGUGCUGUGUGUGUGGAGUUUGUAUCUUCUCCUCGUGACUCGUAGAGAUCUUCGGUUUCCUCCCACACUCCAAAGACGUACAGGUUUGUAGGUUAAUCGGCUUGGUACAAUUGUAAAUUGUCUCUAGUGUGUGUAUGAUAUGAGUAAUUGUGAGGGGACCACUGGUAGAUAGGUGCGGACUCGCUGGGCCGAAGGGCCUGUUUCCGCGCUGUAUCUCUAAACUGAGGGAAACCUACACAGCCACAGGGAGAAUGUGCAAACUCCACACUGACCGCUCUGUAGAUCAGGGUAGAACCUGCAUCACUGGACAUCACCCUGCAGCCCACCGAGUCCACACUAACAAGCGAUCCUCGCACUCACCAUCCUACACGCACUAGGGACAAUUUACAAUUUUACUAAGCCGAACAAUCUACGAACCUGUACGUCUUUGAAGUGUGGGAGGAAACCGGAGCACCCGGGGAAAACCAGGCCCAGGUCACGGGGUGAACGUAUAAACUUCAUACAGACAGCACCCGCAGUGAAGAUCGAACAUGGGUCCCUGGCGCUGUCGUUCUCAAGAGUUAAUCGUGGUUAAUUGUCAUAUGCACCCAAAACAGAAUAAUUAAAUUCUAACUCGCAACUGUGGCACAGUGGUAGAGCUGCUGCCUCACAGUGCCAUAGACCCAGUUUCGAUCCUGAUCUCGAGUACUAUCUGAGUGGAGUUUGCACGUUCUCCCUGUGACCGUGUGGGUUUUCUCAAGGUACUCCGGUUUCCUCCCACAUUCCAAAGACAUGCGGGAUUGUAGGUUAAUUGACUUCUGUAAAUCGCCCUGGCAUGUGGAGGGGCAACGAGUGUGAAUGGGUGAUUUGUGGCCGGCGUGCACUCAAUGGGCCGAAGGGCCUGUUUCCAUGCUGUAUCUCUAAACUAAACUGAAGCAUAAAAGGUCUGUAGACACUGUACUCAUAGACAAGACAGUAAACAAAAGGCAGUUCAAUACAUUAAAACAAAAUCAAUAUUAGUGUAAAACAAACCCCCAAAGUCACUAGCGCAACCAAAUCAGAUUGUAGUUUAGUUCAAAGGGGCUGUUGCUGUUCAAGAGUAUAAUAGCUGUUGGGAAAGAGGUGUUCCUGAACUUGGAGGUCGCAGUAUAGUCUAGCUGCCUUUUGCCUUUCCAACCAGGGUCACUCAGGAUCCAUCCAUUAAAGGGAGAAUAUUUGGCACGGGUUGAGAAUCGAAACCAAAAAAAUAUCCUAAAACAAGAAUGAAAAAAAAGCUGGAAAUACUUAAAUGUGUAGGAAGGAACUACAGGUGUUGGUGAACACCGAAGAUGAACACAAAAUGCUGGAGUAACUUAGCCGGACAAGCAGCAUCUCCUGAUAGAAGGAAUGGCUGCCGGAGGAGUUAGUUGAGGCAGGGACGAUCGCAACGUUUCAGAAACAUUUAGACGGGUGCAUGGAUCGGAUAGGAUGGGUUUAGAGGGAUUUGGGCUAUAAACGCUGGGGCUGGUAUAGAUGGGACAUGUUAGUCGGUGGGGGCAAGUUGUACAGAGGGGCCUGUUUCUCUAUGACUGUACGCAUUAUGACUAAUAGGUGACAUUUUCAGUCGGAACCUUUCUUAGUACUCUUAAAUGUUUAAACGAUAUUCUGAAGAAGAAUUUCUGAUGUACAGUAAAGCUCUGUUU